CCUAGCCGGUGGCGGGCGAUGAUACUUAAGUCCUGGCUCGCCUGAGUGAAAGGAAUAUUUAUCUCUCUUCCUGAACUCACUGCACCACACGUUCACAUCGACUGAACGAACGACACUCACAAAAUGGCUUGGAGAUGCACGGGUGCGACCAAUGCUGAGCUCAUCAACAACCUGGCGAAACAUCAUAUCAUACACUCUGAACGCAUCCAGGCGGCGAUGACAAAGGUCGACCGCGCGCAUUACAUUAGGAACAAGUGGGAGGCAUACGAAGAUGCACCUCAACCUAUCGGUUAUGGAGCGACAAUCUCCGCACCUCACAUGCACGCCCACGCAUUACAGAACCUCCAGCCCUACCUCCGUCCAGGGGCACGCGUACUCGACGUCGGCUCUGGCUCAGGCUACCUGUGCGCGGUCAUACACCAGCUCGUCACGGACGAGGAGCACAACAAGCUCGGCACCGUAGUUGGCAUCGAGCACAUCCCAGAGUUGACUGAGUGGUCCAUUGAGAAUCUGCGCCGCGAUGGCCUAGGGAAGGCCAUUGACAGCGGACAUCUGCAGAUGGUUGCCGGAGAUGGCAGAAAGGGCUAUCCUCCUGUUGCACCGUACGAUGCGAUCCAUGUCGGCGCAGCUUCUCCGACCAUGCCCUACACACUCGUCGCCCAGCUCGCAUCCCCCGGGAGAAUGUUCAUCCCGGUCGGCACUGAAAUGCAGCAGAUCAUUCAGGUUGACAAAGACGAGAACGGCGAAGUGACGGAGAAAGAGCUGUUCGACGUCAUGUAUGUCCCGUUGACGGACAAGGAUAAGCAGUACUACUAAGCUGCCGGAUAGCCGAGGUGUGCAUAGUUGUGUGUGAAGUGUAAGAUUAGAAUUGUAAGCCAUGUAUCCUAUAUCAAAGUGGAUUGUAUCAAUAUCGCUUGUAGCCCACUAUACAUAU